GCCUGCCCAGCUGGCUGCCGCCAAUGCCUUUUUUCCCCCCGGCCAGGGUGCUGCGGCGUGAAGCGCCGGCCUGCUGCGCCUCCCUGUCCGCACAGGCGCUCCGAGGUCUCCGGGCCUGCCAGGACAUGGGCACCAUGGCCGUCUUCGUCGAGCUCCUGGACGACGACGACUUUGAGCGCGUCGACGGCGACACCCUGCACGUCCUCCGGUUCCACCUGCGGAGCGAGAGCUUGGCGCUGCGCAGGAUGGCAGUCACGAGCCUCGCCACGCUGUCUGGCAGACCCGAGAAGGCGGCGACUCUGCGAGGCCUGCUGCCAGAGGUCACGCAGCGACUGCAGGACGACGACUGCGGCAUCAGGACGGCGGCCCUGACUGUCCUCAGGAACACGCUCUGCCUGGCGGACAGGCAGACGGCUGUCCCCAUCGCGCUGCAGCUGCUCGCGGCGCUCCUGCCGCUCUUUGAAAACGAGUCCAGCUCCGUGCGCGAGCACUCCAUCCUCCUCUGCAGAGAUGCGGUGGAUGUCGCAGUCGGCACCCACGCGAAGCAGGGGAAGAAGGAGGUGCGGAGGAGCCUGAUGCCCCUGUUCUUCCACCUGCACGACGAGGACCACAGCGUAGCUCAGGCCUCUCGGGAAGCCCUCCUUGGAGCUGCCAAGCUCCUGAAGCGGAGGCAGCUCCGGAAGCUGCUGGAGACGGAGCAGACCUGGAGGGUUGCUGAGCGCCUGCUGGCGGAGAACAGCAGCAGAGCGGAGGAGUACGUGGAGCAGAGCCUGCCGUACCUGCAGAGCCCACAGGAACCCUUGCGCGAGGCAGCCGUCAGGUUCCUUGGGCUCGCUGGGCAGCGGCUGAGGGAUGGGCACCAGGAGAAGCUGCAGGUCAUCUGCGAGGCCCUUCAAGGCAAGGCGAACGACAGCAGCCCCUCGGUCUCUUCCCUGGCGCUUCAAACCCUGCGGAUGCUGGGCACUGCGGUGGAAGAGCCUGCCUCCGGAUUCAGCCUGCGAGCGCUGCGCUACCGGUUCCGGAGGGCAUGCAGGAGGACGACCCGCGCCCCGGGAGAUGCCUGGCUGUGCUGCCGCAGCUGUGUGCAGAGCUGAGCCCGGGCUGCUCCGCACGCUGGCUCCACCUGAGCAGCUGGAGCUGCCCGCUUGCCAGCAGCCCAGGGCCGUGCAGGACACACCACCGCACGCUGCGUUGC